AUGAAUAACGGUAUCUCAAAGAAUAUAUCUUUUUAUAAAAAAAUAAAUUAUACCCACAACAAACCACCAGCACCACACAUACCACAGCAACCACAAUUUUUAAAUAAUACUCAAAAAAACAAUGACACAAUAAUAAAUAAUAAUAAUAAUGCCGAUAAUGAUGAUAUUGAAUGUAUAUAUGAUGAUUAUGAAUUUGAUGAUGAUGAUAAUAAUAAUGAUAAUGAUAAUGAUAAUGAUAAAGCUGAUAAAAAUUCCUACAAUAAUUAUAUUUAUAAAGAAAUUACAUUAAAUGAUUUUGGUGAUGAAAAUGACAACGAGAGUGAUUUAGAUGAUUUAGAUUUUGAUUUUGAACCAACAAUAAUUAAAAAUAUAGAAAAUAAUAAAACCUCAGCAAUCAAUUCCAAAUCAUUUGAACAAACUUCAAAAUCAAAUCACAAACUUAUAAACUAUAAUCCAAUUUGUAAAGAUAUUGAUGAAAAUGAUUUAUUAUUAAUUUCAAAACCAAAAAUUAAUAUUCCAAUGAAAACCCCUCCAUCAUUAUCAAAAAAUAAUAAUACUAACUCGAAACCAAUGAGUUCACUCUUAAAUUCUAAAAAAUCCACUUCAACUAUAAAUACACCAAAGAUAAAUAAAACAUUUCCAAAUACAAUUCAAAAUUCAUUAAGAAAAUCUGGUUCAGUUAAUAAUGAAAAUAAUUCAAUUAAUAGUAAUAUAAUAAAAAAUAAAACUAAAAAUCAUAGUGGUUCAAUUGUUGCAAUUUGUGAAAAUAGAACUAGAGAAAUUGGUUACUCUUCAUAUAAUAUUGAAAGUGGUGAAAUUGAAACUGGUCAAUUUUGUGAUUCUCAAACUUAUUUUCAUUUGUAUACAAAAUUAUAUAUUUUAAAUCCUUCAAUAAUAGUUAUACCACCAAUUGAACAAAACAGAGAAAUGGUUAAAUUAAUUGAAAAUGCAUAUCCAAAUGUAAAGAUUAUACCAAUUAUAAAGAAACUAUUUAAUGAAAAUGAUGGUAUAUCAUUAAUGAAUCAAUAUUGUUUAAUUGAUAAAAUAUCAAUAAUUGAAAAGUUUACAAAAGAUAAAGUUUUAUCACUAUCAAGUUUCAAUGCAUUAAUUAAAUAUUUAGAACAAGAUGGUAUAAUGUUUGUAAAGAAUUGUAUUCGUAUAAAGUAUUCAGGAAGUGAAAAUUCAAUGCAAAUAGAUGCAGAAACAAUAAAAAACUUGGAAUUAAUUCAUAGUUCUAAAGAUGGUAGUAGAAAUUGUACAUUAUAUCAAUCAAUUAAUAAUACAUCAACAUCACAAGGUUCAAGACUAUUAAUUAGUGCAAUAGUACAACCAUCAAAUGAUUUUGAAACUAUUAAACAUCGUCAAAAUGCAAUUAAACAAUUACUUUCAAAUCAAAGAGUUGUCUUUACUUUAACACCAUUAUUAUCAAAGAUUCAAGAUAUCGAUAAAACCUUAUUACUAUUUUCACAACAAAAUAAACAAGUUACAAUAAAAUCAAUUGAAACUUCAAUUAAAUGUUUUAUUGAUUUUAAAAAUAUAUUUGAACUUUUACCAAAAAUUUCAAAUCUAUUAAAUAGUGGUACAAUUUGUGAUAAUCCAAUGUUAAAUUUAAUUAAAGGAAAAUUAAAUAAUGAAACAAAUAAUAUUUUAAUUAAAGAAAGUUCAAAAGUUUUAAAUGUAAAUUUAAAUUUUCAAUUAUCAAAACAAGAUCAACAACAUCAACAAAAAGAACAACAACAACAACAACAACAACAAGUUAAUAAAAUUAAUUAUAAAAUUAUAAUGUAUAUAAAAGAUGGUGUAAAUGGUUUAUUAGAUGUUUGUAAGAAAACCUAUAAAGAAAUUACUGAUGAUAUUAAUAAAUUAACAAAAUAUUAUAAAGAACAAUUUAAAUUACCACAAUUAAAAUUACAACAUUGCCAAACUAAAGGUUAUUAUUAUUCGUUACCAUGUAAGAAUAAAGCAUUAUUUCAUUUACCAAAUGUAUUUGUUCGUUCAAGCUAUAGAAAUCAAAAGUACUAUUUAUUUAGUGAAGAAUUAACUUCACUAUCAAGAAGAAGUAGAGAAGUAUUUGAAGAGAUUAUUAUACUUUCAGCACAAUCGAUUGAAAAGUUAAUUGAAUUCUAUCGUUCACAUAUUUCUGAGCUUUAUAAUAUUUCAGAAUCAAUUUCAUUAUUAGAUUUCUUGGUAUCUGGUGCAUUAUAUUCACUACAAUUGGAUCAAAGUGUUUGUCCUGAAAUAUUUAAUGGUAAAGGUCCAUUGGCUAUUAAAUCUGGUUAUCAUCCAUUACAAUUAAAGAAAUCAAAGAAAAAAGAAUCAUUUUCAACUUGUUUUGUACCAAAUGAUACUUUAAUCAAUGAAACAGCCUCAUUUCAAUUAAUUCAUGGUUGUAAUAUGUCUGGUAAAUCUACAUACAUCCAACAAGUAGCCCUCUUGACUAUAGUAGCUCACAUUGGUUAUUUUUUACCUGCUGAGUUUGCAACUGUACCAAUUGUUGAUCAAAUCAUUAGUAGACUUGGCACAUCAGAUAAUAUUCAAUCAAAUGCUAGUACUUUUAUGACGGAAAUGAAAGAAAUCUCUUACAUCUUGGAGAAUACAACUGAAAGUAGUUUGGUUAUUAUUGAUGAAUUAGGUAGAGGUACCUCAAAUAUGGAUGGAUCUUCAAUUGCAUGGUCAAUUAGUGAACAUCUAUCAAUGAUUGGUUGUUACACUCUCUUUGUAACUCACUAUCAACAAUUACUAAACCUUGCUACAUUUUAUCCAAAUAUUAGAGUUUAUCACUUUCAAGUUUCCAAAGAUGAUUCGUCUGGUUUAAAAUAUAAUUAUCUCUUUAGUGAAGGUGUUUCAUCAAUUGAUAGUUAUGGUGUUGAAACUGCUGAAUUGGCUGGAAUUGAUUCAAAGGUAAUUCAAUCUGCUAAAACAAUAAGAAAUCUUUUAGAAUCAAAAUCAAACAAUAACCAAAUCAAUCCAAAUACAAAUAAUCAAUCCAUUAAUCAAUACCAUCAUCCAUCUAGAGAUUCUUAUCAAUUACUUCAAAAAUUAUUAAAUUUAAAAUUUUCAAAACUAUCUGAUGUUCAAUUAAAAAACUAUUUAUUAAAAUUAAAAGAAGAUUUUAAUUUUAGUUAA